UUUGAAAGCGGGCAGAAGAGAUCCUAGCUCUGGGACAACUGCAGAGAAGGACACUGAAGAGGAGGAGACCUUCACAAUUGUUGGUCUUUGCAGGGCACAAGGGUCUUCCCUUCCUCACUGCGUUGUUAUCACUCCCCACCCCACCGCCACCCUCAGAUCCCUCUUGAGCACCCAGCAGGAUUGCCCCAGACUGAGAAUGAGAAGGGUUCUGAGUCUAUUGCUCAUCUGCCUGCCAGCAGCACUCCUGGCUCAGGGACAGUAUGACAUCGAGGAUCCGGCCUACCACGACACACCAUACGUGCCUUACGAAAUAGAAAGUCAAGAUUAUUACGAUUAUGCUGGUCAUGCAGACAUCUCCCCACAACCCCCUGAGGAGCAGUAUCAGUACCAGUCCCAACAGCAGACCCAGCAGGAAGUCAUUCCCGCCCCAACCCCAGACAUUCCUGAGACAGAACCCACCGAACCAGGGCCCCUUGACUGCCAGGAGGAGCAGUAUCCCUGCACUAGGCUCUACUCUGUCCACAAGCCUUGCAAGCAGUGCCUGAAUGAAAUCUGCUUCUAUAGCCUCCGUCGGGUUUACGUGAUCAAUAAGGAGAUCUGUGUCCGCACCAUCUGUGCCCAUGAAGAGCUGCUCAGAGCUGACCUUUGUCGUGACAAGUUCUCCAAGUGUGGUGUCAUGGCAACCAGCGGCCUCUGCCAGAGCGUGGCCUCAUCCUGUGUAAGAAGUUGUGGAGGCUGCUGAGCUGAGCUGCUGCUGGUGGAGAGGGAAGGGGGCUUUCUGUGCCACGGCUGCGGCGGUGGCGGCGCCACUUCUGCCACCACCCAGCGGAGGAGCGAGAGCAACUCGGGCAUCCUCUUCCUCCUCGGCCACCCAGGGCAGCAUUGGUGCUAUGAGAGGGUGGUGGCCGUGCGAGCCCAUCUUGUGCACAUUAAUCGUCUACCGUGUUUAGUUUUUAUUACUUUUUCAAAAGGUGCUGGAGGGAAAGUAGCCAGGCAAAUACUUCUUCUCAGAGCACACGCCCUGACCCAGGCCUCGGGGGGGGAGAAGAGAAAUAAUCAAGGAAGCUGCCUGAGGUAUAUUCAUGCACUUGUUAUCUUUUACACCGCCAGGAAGGGCAACCAACAAGCGCACUGCUGGUCCUGCUUUUCGUUUUUACUUCCCAGUAGUUGUACGUCUACUUUUUGUAUGAGUCCUUUUCUACCAAACAUUUCAAUAAAUGAAUAAAUAACAAAAGAGGUGGGAGAAGAGGCAGCUUUUAUUCUGAGCUGGCCUCAGUUUGGAGUAAAGUUCAAUUUUAUCCAUAAUGACAACAAACUAAUCAAUAUAAAAAAUAUAACUUUCUACUUUCAUUGAUUAAUUGUAA